AUGACUCUUGGAGAACUACCUGAAGCAGUUCGUGACUUCAGGUAUUUAGUUACAGAAAUAGUUAAUGGCACGGACAAUGAAAUCAAAUGCAAAGCUAGACUAAAAUACUCUAUUAUGCGAGAAUCACCAAAUUCGAUUGAAACAAGUUUAUAUGUAUGUGAAAAUAUAGCAGAUGAAACUUUAAAAUUUUACGCUUUAGAGAUUAUUCACUAUCAUAUUCGAUUGAAUCAUGAAAUUCCAGAUAUUGCUAAUUUUAUUUUGACUUCACUCUACGGAAAUAACCCACGUUUCCUGGCUGCAAGCAGAAUAGCUGCAAUAAAUUGUCUUUCUAGCAUGAUGUUACAUGAUUUCUCCUUAUUACAGAAAAUACCUUUCGAUCAUCCUGAUGCUAUUAUUUUUUUCGAGAAAAUACCAAAGGUAUUCUCUGGUAUAUACAUUACUUCGCAGUAUUAUCAUGCUGAAGCUGAAAAAAUCAGAAUGGAUUUCCUUACGCAAUAUUUUUCAAUUCAAGUCCCGGAUAUUUAUGCGAUUCAUCACUUACUAUCUCUUCGUGAGUUCUUUUUGCCAUAUGAUGAACCUCCUGAAGAAAUCAUAAAUUCAUUUAUCGAAUUAUCAAUGCGAAUAACCGAAUUCCCGGACAUUGCUCUUGCCUUUAAAGUACUUGAAGAUUUUACACUCUGCAUUCCGCAGUCAUUUGAUGCAGGAUUUGAAAAUCCAACAGAUUUUACUCGGGCAGUCCUUUUAUUCUCAGUGAAGUUUGCGCACUACUUGCUUAUCAACCAAGAACUACAUGAAAAACUACCUGAUUUUUGGAAUAUGGUCGUUGUUUUGCCAAGUCCUCUUUUAUUUGACCAAGGAUUCCCAGAAAUCCAGAAUCUUCUUAAGAUGUUCUUCAAAUCUAUCCCGUUGAUGGUCGAAAAAGGCAACUCUUUCCAAGAAAUUCUCAUCAGAUUCUGUGAAAGAUUAAAUGAUUCGUAUAUGAAAGAAACUGCACCAGAACUUGCUGCCAAAAUGGCAAGAAAAGUUGUUAAAAUACUAUUACGAUAUGGAGUUAUGAUAAUGCAGUGCCAUAUUCCCGCAAUUUUGGAAUAUCCACAAUAUAAUUUACCGAAAGAACUGUUUUAUGGGAUAAUUGAAGAAGGAAUUUUUGAACGAUUCCAAGUUAUGCCUGCAUCAAUAUUCAAAACCAUUACUUCCCUACCAUUAGCAGAAAUUCCUCAAGAAAUCAUUGAUUAUUGCUUUGGAAUCCUCCAAAAUGGGAAUUUCUACCAAGAUUAUGCAUCUCUCGCCUUCCAUUUCCUCUCAAAAAUGGCUCAAACAACGAAAAACCCUGCAUUUGAGCAAGUUUUUGUUUCAAAGAUGCCUCUAAUCAAUCAGAUUCUAUCCGAAGUUGCCGAAGCGUUCCCUUCUGAUACGUUUUGCACAGUAAUGACGAUUUUUAUGAUGGUUCAUUCACAGAAAACGUUUGAAAACUUCAAUUUCUGGCUAAAUAUUGCAGAUACGAUACUUUCUGAUGCAAGUUCACUUCCUCCAGCUUGUUUCGCCCAUAUUUUCAGCUUUGAAUGUUAUUAUAUUACUUUUCUCACAGAAAACCAUACAGAAGAGCUAUCCCAAAUUGAGCACGAUCGAUGCCAAGCCCUACUUACGUACUUACAACAGAUAGAUGACUUAGGAUAUUUCAGUGAAAUGGUAAAUUCGUUCUUUGGUUCACAAUACAUCAAUGAAAUCAGUAUGGAAGUCAGAAACAUCAUAGUCAUGUACAUUUCCAGCAUUUUGACUUCGUCAUUUGGUGAUUUUACUGAUAUAUUAAAACCAGAAGACACAGAUAACCAUUGUUUCAUACUUUCGAUACUCACGCACUUAGUCAAAUACUUGGCUUUCGAGGAAUCCAUCAAAAUUGUCCAGUGUAUCGAUAAAAUGCUCUCGGUUUUCACUACAAGUUAUUCAUUCAAAUUUUUGAUAACUUUGGCUUUUUCAGAUACACCUGUCACUUUUGACAAUUCAAAGAUGGUAGAAAUUUCGAAUUUUCUGAUUGAAAAUGAGUCAUGCUUAGCAUAUUUUAAACAAAAUAGCGAAUUUUUCGCUAUUAUGAGAUAUUUCAAGCAAUUGGAGAAUUUUUCGAGCUAUUCGUCAGUAGAAGAGUGGCUGCUAGCAUCAGGGCUGGAAGGAGAAGAGAUUUCUAAUAUGGCUUCUCUAUUCCAUCAACUGUAUAAAGUUAUUAUCAUAUUUAGAUUGAUAAGGAUCACAGAAUACCUCCAAAACUUGGAUGUCGCAAGCUGCGAUAUAUCUUUGUUGAACGAAAUCAGCGAUUUCUGUACAAAAUCUUCAAAAUUUAUUUCAUUUCGUUUUAAUUGGAUGCCAACAAGGUUUGUUGUCCAAUUAUUCAGCAACUACAAUGAAGAGGAACUCAAGUUCUCCUUCUUUGUUGCUCAAAUGCUUGUUUACACCAGAGUAUUUGACUUUGAUUACCUCGAAGAGUUUGUUUCAGCGGUCAUCAGGUCCCUAUUUACAUUCUUCCCAGUUGACCAGUUCUACCAGAUAUGGAUGAUCUUCUUCUAUUUGUAUCAACACGAUCAAUCUGGUUCACAGCUUUUCUUUUUCAUUGAAAAAGCUCUACAAGAAAAAUCCGCAAGUAACGAAGCACUCUGUUACUUCCACAUGGCCAUGGAAUCUAUGCAGAACUCUUCUUCUUUCAGAGAAUUCAUGGAAUUUUUGGAGUCAUCGCCAAAUUUAUCACUUGCGUGUGAUAAGUUCUACUUAUGGAGACAACUCCGAGCAUAA